AUGGAGCCAAUUGUCUCACAUGAUGGUAACUCGAUCGACGCCUCAAACGACGAAUCUACUAUUUCCGAAGUAUUUGGUCAUCCUAUUCUCGAUUUGCAUCUCACGCUUUGGGAUCUUUUCCAAGAUGCUGCCCAUUUGAGCCCAGAUGCAGAUGCCAUUGUCUCGCUUUGGCAACCACACAAUCACUUGUCAAACGACCAACACCAAGCACCCACUGGCACUAAAGAGCUAUACCUAAGAUGGAGCUAUUCGCAGCUCAAGGACAAGGCAGAACGACUCGCCGAGUCCCUAGAAAAGUUGGGCUGUCGAGAGGGCAUGCGACUAGCCGUGGUUCUUGGCAACUGUGCUGAAUGGGGUCUCUUCUUCUGGGCAGCGGCCAAGCUUCGCAUGGCUUUUGUGCCUCUUGAUGCAACCGUUCCUCUAGAUGCAAAGAAGACGAUCCUAUCCGUCAAGCCACAUGUGUUGGUGGCACAAGAUGCAAAAGGCGCAAAGGCUCUCGACCUUUCUGACGCCCAGAUUCCACAGUCCAGUAUAUGUAUACUGUGUACAGAGAGCGACCUCGAUAGCUGGUACACGCUGUCUGAUCUUCUGAAGCCUACAGAGCAAGUAGACCCAACACACACGAUCACAGAUAGUGUUGACUACAACCAAGACGAAGACCCAGCACUAAUCAUCUUCACAAGCGGAACAACGGGCGAACCCAAAGGAUGCUGGCACACGAACCGCAAUCUCAUCUCCCAGUGCUGCGACUUUGACCCCGAAGUCAACGCCAUGGGGCCGUUGAGAUGGCUUAUCCACACGCCCGUCUCCCACGUCUUCGCCAUCAACAACGCUCUCCGCGCAUGGCGCUGGAGUGGCACUGCUGUGUUUCCCUCCAAGUCUUUCAACGUGGAUGCCACUCUCAAGGCCCUUGUGCAAGAGCAGUGUUCCAUCAUGUCAGCCACUCCCACCCUCGUCAAAGCCCUCAUGGCACACCCCAGCUUUCCCAGUGCAGAUCAACUCGAUCUUCGUAUCGUAACCAUCGGCGGUACGUCCAUCGGCGCUGAAGACAUUCGACUCUGUCGUGAAGGGCUGGGUGCCCAGAUGGCCAUCCAAGUCUUUGGCAUGAGCGAGGGCGCUCCCAUCAUCACUUGGCAGCGAUAUGACCCUGAUCUGGUAGACGGCUGGCAUCCUGGUGUUGGCAAGGUUCUUCCAGGAGCGGCAGUGAGGAUCUGCCGGCCCGAAACACGGGAAAUACUACCUCGAUCGGAGAUCGGAGAAUUGCACAUUGGCGGGACAUCUGUCGUUACGAAAUAUUUCAACAGGGGUGCUGAUGGGUCCAUGUACACUGAUGAAACGGGCAACUGGUUAGCCACUGGAGACCAAGCCAGGAUCGACGAAAAGGGCGUCGUGUAUAUCCUUGGCCGGUACAAGGAUUUGAUUAUUCGUGGCGGAGAGAACAUUUACCCUAUCAACAUCGAGCGGGAACUCCAGCAGCUCAAUGGCUUGCAGGUUCAAGUCAUCGGAAUACCAGACGAUCUUGCUGGCCAAGUCCCCGUUGCUAUCGUCGUUUUACCCCAAGACAUGACUAAAGCGCAAGUCAUGGAAAAAGCAAGGAAAGCCGACCAACGCUAUGCCCUCGAGAGCGUUUACACCCUACAAGAGCUCGGACUAGAGAAGUUCCCCUUGACAGCUCUCGGCAAAGUCAAGAAACAACAGCUCAAAGCGCGAGUGUUGGAGCAUCGACAAGCGAACAGUCCAACCAAGAUUCAACUCAGCAAUGGAGCAUCGACACCACCUUUCGUCGACAAGUUGCUUGGCAUCUGUGAGCAACUCACUGGUACUCGGCCCUCGGUAACGGAGAGAUUCAAGUAUCUCGCCGACAGCAUUACUUUGCUGCGUUACUGUGACCACGUUCUUCGUAUCUGUGGCCAAAGACUCUACCUGCAAGACUUUGUCGAGAACGAUACAAUCGAAAAGCAAGCGCAUCUUCUAUUGUCUCGGAAACUACAACAAGCUCGCCUUGUUGUAACCCCGGAAGUCCCCCGGUAUAAUCCGCCCUCGUCCAAACAAGAAGCUCGAACCUCCAGCUCCAGCUCUUGGUUUACGAGUACCCCAGCCGAGGAGAAGGACACGUUCUUCUUUGCCAAACGAGCGGUAGUACGUGCAGGCUUCUCCCCUUCCGACAUCGAAGACGUGCUACCGAUCAGACAUUCGCUCCACCGGACGGCGAUUGGGUCACGGCCGCAGUCCUACCACAACCGCAUGGUGUUUCGCGUCUGCAACGUUGCGCAGCAUCAGAUUCUGCGCGCCCUGCAAAAGGCGCUGGACUCGAGGCCGAUGCUCAGGACGAUUGUGUUCCCUGUCUCGAAUCGUGUUCCGUUCCACGCUGUUCUUGUAACCAGCUCCGCACUAGUUGAUCAGCUUGUUCACGAGGUCGAGGUUGACUCUGAGGACGAUGCGUGGAACAUCUUCAGAGACGAUUCUUCGCCGGCGCAUUCGUCGCCUUUUAUGUUUCAAACUGAUGUUGUAAGAACCAUGUCAGAUGGUCAGCUGUUUCUGAGUUUCACAUUCAAUCACUCUGUUAUUGAUGCGCUUUCCAUCACUCAAUGGUACCACGAGCUCGACCACUGGAUUCAAGACAUUAACGCCGAUAUCCCAGCCUUGACCCCAUUUCGGUUAUUCUCCGACCUUUUCACGCAGUAUGAAGACAGCGAACCUGCGCGAAAGAACAUUGCAUUUCAUACACGCAGACUUCGCGGCAUCUCUCGCUUCAGUGGCGCCUUGUGGCCACCUCAGAAAGCCCCAGGCCUGUUGAUUGCCAACGACGAAGGCUCUCCGCUUGCAAAGGAGCGUCGCCAGGUUCGCGAUAAAGUCUGGAAUGGCAAAUGGGAUACUCGCGCACACGAGUUCCAAUACCCACGUUCUGGUCGAGUCCUUGCAUUGUCGGGUCUCGCAAAACUACAGGAUGAGCACAACAUUCAUCCGUCACUUUUUACCAAAAGUGCCAUAGUACUAUUCAAUGUUCUCCAGACUGGUUCAUCCCACGCACUACUCAACGUCUGGGAGAGCGGACGCUAUUGGCCUUUCAUUCCGAAAUGGAUGGACAAGCUUCUUCCGCCAGCAAUGAGCAUUGACGGUCCUACCGUUCAGUGGGUGCUGAACAUGACCGAAGUGGCUCGUAACGAGACUGUGCUCGAGUUCCUUCAGCGCUUGUUGGCUGAGAGCGAAGAGACAAAGGAACACGAGCAUGUUCCUUGGAACAAGGUUGUUCAAAACCUCAGUGACGAAGGGCCAGCUGCACUCGAUGCAUCAUUCAGACAGUCUUUCGUCUGGGAUGUUUCCCUAGCCAUGAGUCUUGCAAAAGGACCUCAAUCCGAUUUCACUUCUCUCGAGCCCAUUGCUCGCUAUGACUGGCCUGACUGUGGAUUUUUCUGGAACGCGUUUAUGAUUGAUUCGAUCAACUUGUAUUUUAUUGCUUCUUGGGACACGGCGCAAAUGAACGACAAGGAAGUCGAACGACACUGCGAUGAUUUAUCGGAUGUAAUGAGAAAACUGUGCGAUGAAUGCAACUGGGACAAGAAGUUGAGCGAUGUGUUUCGACUAUGA